CUAGACAUGUCUGGGAGGUCAACGAAUUUAUGUUACUUAAUUUUCUACCUGAAGUUAGUUACAUCAAGUUUACAAUUUUUAUUAAUUCUUUUCCGUUUUUCACAGAUACUGGGCCAAGACAUUCUCAACAAAGACGACGACUGGAAUCUUCUGGGAGUGAAAGAGAAAAGCUUAGAAGUUGUUUUACGUGAUCGUUUGAUGACUGACGCUGCUCUAGGUGGCACAAGACCCAUUAAAACAGAACACAGUUACAGUUUAUUGGCUUACAGUCCACCAGCAUCUCCAGUUACUACUAAUUGUCCGUCACCGUCACCCGCAGUCAAUGUUUCUUCUAACAAACGGGAAAUUGAUAUCGAAGGACGUAUAAGAAUAGCCACUAAAAUGGAUGCAAUAUCAAUGAAGAAAGCGUCCAGUCACGGUCGCACAUCACCUUCAACUUUAUUAGAAGUCCCUCACGAUGUUUUAGAAACCGUCGAAGAGUACAUGGAAAUAAAAGAAGAACCGGCGCAAUCAACAGAAAACACUAACGACGAAAUAGAAAUCGACGUUGACAUCGACGACAAAAAUUUCAUUGAAAUGAUUGCACCGAACAGGUUGCACUUGAACUUCAAAGUCAAGGAGCAAUCUUUGAGCGACAGUGAAGCUGACGAUGAAGACUACGAAGAUGCUGUUCUUGAUGAGUACCAUGUCUCCCAGCUGAUAAACAGUAACAGUAGCUGCAAUGAUGAUACCCAAACGUCAUCACAGAGCUUACCACCAACACCACCCAGUAGCAAUAAUUCUGACAGUGAAAGUGGAAGCAACGGUGGCGUAUCAGCAUCUUGUUCGCCAAUAAGACGCGCUGAUAAUAAUAAUAUUUGUACAGUACAAAAUAUACGGGGUAUUUAUGGACCACGUUUGUAUGUUACCAAUGGACAUACUACCAGACAACCUAUUCACACCUCGUUAAUAUCAUGCCAACCGAAGGGAUCUACCGGCACGUUGAUACUUACCGAAGAAGAAAAACGCACAUUAAUAGCUGAAGGUUAUCCAGUACCAACAAAAUUACCAUUAACAAAGCAAGAAGAAAAGUCCUUGAAAAAAGUCCGCAGAAAAAUAAAAAACAAAAUUUCCGCGCAAGAGUCCCGCAGGAAGAAGAAAGAGUACAUGGACGGUUUGGAGAGAAAAGUUAGUUUGCUGUCUAACGAGAACAUUAAUUACCGCAGUCGCGUCAAUACGCUCGAGCAAACUAACCGAGAAUUGAUGAAGGAGCUUGAGCGUCUCCAAGCUCUUGUUGCUCGUCAAAAAGCUUAG